AAACAGUGCGCGGCUGCCCAUUUUUGAUGAGGGUUGCAAGUGAACGCAGACACAGCAACUCUUUGUAUAAGCUGAUUAACAACAGCUUGAAAGAUGGCUGGAGAGACAGAGGACGACAUACCUGAAUCGGGCGCUGUAUUCACCUUCGGGAAAAGUAAAUUUGCAGACAACGUUCCCAGUCGAUUUUGGCUCAAGAAUGACACCCCCUUUAGAAUAUGUUGUGGAGACGAGCACACAGCACUCAUCACAGAAAAAGGAAAGCUCUUCAUGUUUGGGAGUAAUAAUUGGGGACAGCUCGGGUUUGGAACGAAGACCGCUGUGACCAAGCCCACUUGUGUGAAAGCUUUGAAGACAGAGAAAGUUAAGCUGGCUGCAUGUGGGAGGAAUCACACCCUCGUUUACACAACUCAGGGUAACAUCUAUGCAACCGGUGGUAACAGUGAGGGGCAGCUGGGCCUUGGGGACUAUGAGGAGAGGAGCUCCUUUGAGCUGGUGGACUUCCUGUCCAAGAAGGGAGCGGUCAAGAUGCUCGCUGCAGGCUCCAACACCUCAGCUGCUCUCCUACAGAAUGGCUCCCUGUAUGUGUGGGGUGACAACUCAGAGGGCCAGAUCGGCUUGGGGAAAGAGAGCAAUGCCACAACGCCACAGAAACUCCAUGUUGGACGGCCAGUUGCCUGGGUCUCCUGUGGAUACUACCACUCUGCCUUAGUCACUGUUGACGGGGAGCUGUACACGUUUGGCGAGAAGGACAGCGGGAAGCUGGGUCUGCCCACCAACAAGCUGGCCAACCACCGGGUACCGCAGCUGGUGGAGGGCAUCGCGGACCGGGUACUGCAGGUGGCGUGCGGUGGAGGACACACCGUGGCACUUACAGAGGAUGCACUCUACACAUUUGGCUUGGGCCAGUUCGGGCAGCUUGGGCACGGCACGUUUGUCUUCGAGGCCCGGUUACCACGCACAGUAGACCACUUCCGCAAGGGCCGGGUCUUACACGUAGCCUGUGGGGAGAACCACACAGCUGUGAUCACUGAAUGUGGACUUUUGUAUACGUUUGGAGAUGGUCGCCAUGGGAAGCUAGGACUGGGAGAGGAGAACUUCACGAACCAGUUCAAGCCCACGCUAUGUCCCCGAUUCCUCAACUACAACGUUGAGGCUGUGACAUGUGGAGGGUGUCACAUGCUGGUGUUUGCCACGUCCCGGGCGGCGGGGGGUGUGGAGGAGCUGGUGAUGGAGGAGGACGACGUGACGGAGGACAUGUGGGAGAGGCCCUACACCGAGCUGCUAGGCGACACGCUGGGCUCCACCGCCCUCCAGAGGAGCCUCUCUGCACGGGUCAGGCGGAGGGAACGGGAACGGUCUCCGGAGCAGUUUGGGCCCCUGUUCCGCACCCUGCCCCCUGUCACCCUAGCCCCCCUCAACAGCAGCAUCUCCCUACCCGUUCCCAGCCACACGCUGCCCCCCAGGCUGCAGCCCAGCGACCUGGAGAAGCACAACCAACUCAACCGCGGCCGUGCCAAGAAGAGCAGCCUCUCCACCAGAUUAGGAAAGGUGAAAAAGGAGAAGUCCCAAGAAAAGGAAAGCUUGCCAGCAGAGACCAGUGAGGACACCGAAAGUGUUAAAGAUUUGGGAGACACCACUGACAUACUAAAUGUGACUCAUAUGAUGCAGAUGGACCCCAGUGAUCAGUCACUCACACUGUCACCCAUGCAGAAGAGGAAAGUUAAGCUUGUCAAAAGGCGUGGUAAGGCCUCCCCCCAUGACCAAAGCGAGUCCAGUCCUGAGAGACGGGACGGCACGACCCCUAAACGAGCCCUAUCCCGACAACUCCUUAAGACAGCCAGCUCCAGGUCUCUUCUGUCUGAGGGCUCGGGUGGGAAACCCUCACGGCACAAGGUCCCUCACACCCGCAGCAGUGAGAAGGAGAAUGUCCUCCAGCCCUCUGUGGCACAGUAUAGAACUGGAAAAGAAGUAGGCAGAGGUAAAAGACCAGAGCAGGUGGUCAUGGGACAGAAGUCAGCAUCUGAACUGCCUCGGUCUCCUGCUGCUGCACAUGCAAAGCAAGCCAAGCUGCGGAGUCAGCUCCUGGAGAUGGCCAAACUUGUAAGCUCUUCUUCAGCCAAGUCUAUGGCUAGAGCAGCCAAAACAGGCAGAGAUUUUAGCCAGGAUAGCUAUGAAGAGUCAGGAAGUCACGCCUCUGUGAAAGAACACGUAAAGCUUCCUAAAGAUAAAAGUCAGUUAGUGAAGAAAAAGAAAAGCGCAGCUGAAGAACCCACCGGAAGAUUCAUCCGUGAUCUGCUGCAAUCAGACCCAGCUUAUGUAAAGAGCAAAUCAUCUGAACUGAAAGAAACGCACAAAGCCAAGGACGCCCACAAAGCUAAAGACAAACCAAAGUCCAGGGACAUACCCAUAGAUAAAGGCAUGCCUAAAACAAAGGAAGUGCCUAAAAUUUCAGUCAUGAAAGCUAAAUCAAGUACUGAGGGGGUCAAAGCCAAAGAGGCCAAAGAAGCGAAAAGCAAACCGCUCGUGGUUCAGAGUAAAUCUGCCGAAUCCAAGGCCAGGCAAGCUGAACUAAUACCCAAAAGUCCCAAGAAGACCAAAGAGGAUGCCAAAGGCGAUGAAUCACCCAGAUUAAAGAGUAAACCCGAUCAGCUGCAGAUAUCCUCACCGCUCUCCGAAAGUCCCAAAAGAGGACGCAAGACCAAGGCCGCCGAGAGCAAGGGUCCGUUGAUGGUGGUUGAAGCUGUUGACGGAAGUGGCAUGGAGAAGACCCAGUCUUCCCCUCAUGGCAAGCCCAAACGAUCUGGUCAACCUCGGCCGACACCUUCCCCGACCGGCACCCUGUCGGCAGUGUCCUCCUUCACCCAGGACCUGGACGUGGGGACCACAGCAGCAGCGGCGGCAGCGGCCGGCCUGGCGGUGGGUGCAGCAGGCAGCCAGCUCCUGCGCUCCAGGCGUGGGGGCAGCCCGGCCUCCUCCUCCUCAACCCAGCACUCCCCUCAGAGGAGGCCCAGCAGGGAGAGGUUCACCAAGCAGAAGGCUGUCUCCUCGGCCUCCUCCAGAAGCGAGGAGGAGGAGGAGGAGGAGGAGGGUCGGGAGGAGUCCACGACCACGACGUCCAAGCGAGGGAGGAGGACAGCAGGUAGGAGCGAGGAGGAGGAGUCCACCACCACUACGUCCAAACGAGGAAGGGGUAGGACAGCAGGUAGGAGCGAGGAGGAAGACGAGUCAACCACGACUACAUCCAGACGAGCGAGGGGGAAGACUGUUAAGAGCGAGGAGGAAGACGAGUCGACCACGACUACAUCCAAGCCAGGGAGAAGGACCGCAGUUAGCGUGAACACCAAGGACAAGAGGAAGACAAAGGGGAGCAGCAGGCAGGAUGAGGAUGAGGAUGAAGAUGAGGAUGAUUCGACACACGUGUCGAAGAAGCGCGUUAAGGCAGCCAGGAGCAGAAGGGACGAAAGCCAGGAUGAGACGGAGAGGACGAGGAGCGACCGAACAGAGAGCCAGACUCGUGUCGCUGUGUCAGAUGAUGAUGAUGAAGAUGAUGAUGAUGAUGAUGCUACCUUGGGAGAUGUGACAGACGCAGAGGAAGAAGAGGAGGAAGGAAGUAGAAGCGCCACGGCGAGCCAAGAGGGGGAGGGAGAGACUGCCACUGAGGAGAAGAGCGAGAGCGCAUCGGCACAGGACGAUGAAGAAGAGGAAGAUGAGAAAUCGGAGAGUGAUGAGGUAGAGGGAGAGGAAGAUGAAGGUGACGACAGUAAGAAUGAUGAUGAGGAGGAGGAGGAAGAGGGAGAAGAGACUAGUAGUAAGCUAAGUGAGAGUGAGGAGGAGAGCAAAAGCCAAUCAGCCAGUGAGACAGGAAGCCAGGAAGACAAAUCAGGCUCUGAGGAAGCGGAGGAAGAAUCGCAAAAUGAGGAGGAGGAAGAUGAGGAAGGGGAGGAAGCGACAUCAGAAGCGGAGAGCGAAGGGGAGGAGGAAGGUUCAGAGGCCAGUGAGAGUGAAGCAGAGGGAGAGAGUGGAGAGGAAGAAGAAGAUGAGGAGGAGGAUGAAGAAGGGAGCAGUGCACAGGAGGACCAGAGUGAGGAAGAGGAGGAUGAAGAUGACAGUGAGGAUAAGGAAAGUGAAGCUGAGGAGGAGGAGGAGGAGGAGGAGGCUGAGAGUGAGGCUGAGGAAGAGGAGGAGGAGGAAGGAGAGGAUGAAGAUGAGGGUGAAGAAGAGGAGGAAGAAGAAAGUGGAGAAGAAGAAGAGGAGGAGGAGGGGGAGGAGGAAGAAAAUGAUAAAGACAGCAGCACUGCAGCUUCUGAUGAAGAGGAGGAGGAGGAGGAGGAAGAAGAAGAAGAGGAAGAACAACCAAAACCAAAAAAGACCAAUCUCAAAAGCAGCAGAAGACUACCAAAUCUUCAAAAGCAGACACCAAAGCCGGAGCAAAACAGACCAGGACCAGGCUGCCCACCUCUUCAGCUAAGGGAGCAGGCCGCUGAGGCAUCUCAGGAGGAGAUCUGUGAGGUAGAGGAGAUAAAUCAAGAGGAUGAUGAGGAGGAGGAGGAGGAGGAGGAGGAGGAGGAGGAAGACGACCAAGAAAAGGAAGACCAAGAAGAUGAGGGGGUUGAGGAAAUGGAGGGCAGUCAGGACGAGGAAGAGGAGGAAGAGGAACAUGAAAAAGAGGGGGAGGUCAAAGAGGAGUCGAACACGAAUGCAGAGUCACAUGACGACGCAGAUCCAGGCUCAUCCCAUGACGUCUCAGCACCUCAGGAAGAGGUGGCCAAAGAGGAGACUGUCCCAGAUGGUGCUCUUACAGAGAAAGUGGAGGAGGACAAAGGCGACCUACCAUCUGAGACGGCAACAGAUCCCGAUGCCAGCAAAGAGACUGUGAAAGAGGAGAAACCAAAGGGCAUAUUUGGAUCAAACAGAACGAGAUCUCUGUUCAAGCGUCUGCCCUCCAGUAGACCAUCACAGCAGCAGCAGCAGCAGUCAGAGGUGAAGGUGGAGGGAGGCUCGUCAGAGGACACCACCACCACCACCUCACUGGGGAACAAGACUGUAGAGGGCUCCUCGGUAUCAGAGUCCAGUGCUGCAGACACGAGCCACAGCCUCAGUAGCGACACCCAGCCAGGGAAGAGGGGCCCUGCCGGGAGCCGCUCGCAUUCAGCCACCUGCGCCCUCCUUUAACGAACUAAACUACACUCCUAUAGGGAGCCUGAGUCACACCACUCCAUGACACCUGAGAUCCCCCCAAAAAAACUAUGAAUGGGAGUUCAGCAAAGGUCUCUCCAUUGACUCCUGCUCCCACCUUGUUGUUGAGGUUUAUUUUAUUUUUUUCGAUCUUGGAUUCCCAUGGAAGAGCAUGACUAAGGCUCCCCAUGGUCCACAUCCCUGUCCACAGGAUGCACAUUUGGAAUUUGGGAGAAGCAAACAAGUGCUGCUGAUGUACAACCACUAACUUUAUAUUGCAUUUUUAAUUAAACAUCACUGAUUUGGUUUUUAUCUGCAUACUAUUGAUCAUUGACUUAAUACCUCUUCAUACAUUUUGUAAGGACACAUUUCACUGUAGUGGUACAGAAAUCUCUCAAGGUACAUUUUUGUGUGGUGUUAUUUUUAUAUUUUGGGAGUGAUUUUCUUUCAUUGUGUGCAUUUUGGAGAGUGGUUUGUAUUGUUAUUAUUGCAAAUCUAUAUUUUCAUAAUGGUUUAUUUAUGUUGGAUAUACUGCACACAGACACUUUACUACGUUUGUAUUCAAAAGGACACUGAAUUAUGUAACUGGAUGUUUCAAAGAGGAAGAAAAAAAACGUUUUGUAACAGUUUACUAUUGUAAUUGAAGUGAUUCAGUAAACAAACGCUUUGUCCAUCAGAG